UUACAUGAUGCCCACAGGAGACGCGGCGAUUGGUGGCGGUUUACACGUGACCAGACAACUUUGUACAUUUGACAGAGAGUAGGAGGGUUUUGUGGAGAUCAGAAUAACGACAGAGCGAUAAAAAUUAGUAUUGUUGCACUUCACAAAUUAAUGAUCAUGAGUUCAUACUUGAUAAACUCGAACUAUAUCGAACCUUCCUUUCCUCCAUGCGACGAAUAUCAACAGAACGGAUACAUCCCCGCCCCUACUGAGUACUACGAACGGCCAAAAGAUUCGGGCUUUCCCCAUCACGACGAGGCGUCCUAUCCGAGGUCAAACUACACAGAACCGAGCUACGACUACGGUAAUGUCCCUAACAACGGUCUCGACGAUUUCAGCGACAGGCAUCACGCACAGGCUCACCCCGUUGCCCAGAACCAUGGCCCUCGCCUCAACCCAGUCCCAGACAGCGGUGCCGUAGCGGACGUGAGCAAAGACUGCAGCCUCGCCACUGAGUCUUAUUCCAGCGCACAGAAGGGAAAGGAAGUGCCGGUGGUCUACCCCUGGAUGAAGAAGGUCCAUGUUGUCAAUGCUACUUACAAUGGAGGAGUGCCCAAGAGGUCUCGCACUGCCUACACCCGCCAGCAGGCUCUCGAGCUGGAGAAAGAAUUCCACUUCAACCGCUACCUGACCCGACGCAGGCGCGUGGAGAUCGCGCACACGAUGUGCCUGACCGAACGUCAGGUGAAGAUCUGGUUCCAGAACAGAAGAAUGAAGUGGAAGAAAGAUCACAAGCUGCCGAACACAAAGAUCCGCUCCGCAAGCUCAGCCUCGUCCUUGGGAGCACAGCAGCAGCAGCAACAACAGAAAAUCAAAACAGCCACGCACCAGCAGCUUGUUCCCACGCCUUGCACCGCGAGCCUAUAGUGAUGGAACCCUCUCGCCAAACCAACAGACUGAGAACAGAACACAGAAACUGAAUUUUGUGGCCCGAUUCUCGAGUAUGGCCCCCAUGGUAU